AUGUCCUUCCUCGGCGGCGCCGAAUGCUCAACGGCGGGAAACCCCCUCACGCAAUUCACCAAGCACGUCCAAGAUGAUAAGUCCCUCCAGCGAGACCGGCUGGUCGGUCGGGGCCCGGGCAUGCAAGAAGGCAUGCGGUCACGGGGUAUGAUGGGUGGUCAGGACCAGAUGAUGGACGAUUUCAUGCAGCAACCAGGCCAACAAUUAAACGGCCCCUCGCCACAGCCCUUCGCUAUGGAGCAUAUGCGCCGGGAACUGGAGAACUUCCAGACUGCGCCGCCACGCACAGGAUCGCCCGGAUGGGCUGCGGAGUUCGACCCUGGUGAGCAGGCCCGCAUGGAGGCUGCGUUCCCCGGUGCCGCACAGAUGAAUAAUAGUUCUGGGUUUACGCCCGCCGAGUUCGCGCGCUUCCAGCAGCAGAGUCGGAUGGGUAUGCCCCAGACGCAGAGCCCCACGACGGCGACCCCACCCCUAAUGGCGGGGUAUCAGCGGCCGAUGGGAAUGGGUGGAUACAUGGGUGGAAUGGGCGGUAUGGGUAUGAUGCGGCCGAUGGGCAUGCAGUCGCCGAUGAUGCAGCAGCCGAUGGAGGGACAGACACAGGAUAAGGGCAAGGGCCGGAUGGUUGAGCUGGAUGAUGAGAACUGGGAGGCGCAGUUUGCUGAGAUGGAGACCGCUGGGAUCGAGACCCAGACGGACGAGGAGGCCAACGCGGCGAUGGAGGCGGAGCUGAACGAGCUGGACAGGUCAGUGCCCACCACCGAUGAUGCCUUUGAAUCCGUUUGGGAACGAAUCCAAACUGAGACCGCUGCGAGUAGAAAACUGGUUGAGGAAGGUGGUGACUUUGAAGUCACGGAUAGUGUGCAUGUCGGCGAUCUGGGUGAUUGGGAUGGCUUCGAUAGCUUGAACACGCGCUUCCGGGAUCCACAGCUGGGCGAUUACAUGUUCGAGGAGGAUAAUGUGUAUUCGGCCGUGAACGACCCCUUUGAAGAAGGUGUGAAGAUCAUGCGUGAGGGAGGCAACUUGUCUCUCGCUGCACUGGCGUUCGAGGCUGCGGUUCAGAAAGAUCCCCAGCAUGUGCAAGCAUGGACGAUGUUGGGUUCUGCGCAGGCACAGAACGAGAAGGAGCUACCGGCUAUCCGGGCUUUGGAGCAGGCACUCAAGAUUGACGCAGGUAACCUUGAUGCACUGAUGGGCCUGGCCGUUUCAUACACCAACGAAGGUUACGACUCAACCGCCUAUCGAACUCUCGAGCGCUGGCUAUCGAACAAAUACCCCUCCAUCAUUGACCCGAAGGAGGUUUCCGGUGAUGCCGACCUGGGCUUUACGGACCGUCAACUCCUGCAUGACCGUGUGACGGAACUAUUCAUCCAAGCUGCACAGCUCUCUCCCUCCGGUGCACAGAUGGACCCAGACGUUCAAGUCGGCCUGGGCGUUCUCUUCUACUGCGCCGAAGAAUACGACAAGGCCGUCGACUGCUUCUCCGCUGCUUUGGCCUCCACCGAAUCCGGUAGCACCAACCAGCGCGAGCAACUCCAUCUCCUAUGGAACCGUCUCGGCGCCACCCUCGCUAACAGCGGUCGCUCUGAGGAAGCCAUCGAGGCUUACGAGCAGGCUCUCACCAUCAACCCCAACUUCGUCCGCGCCCGCUACAACCUUGGCGUCUCCUGCAUCAACAUUGGCUGCUACCCUGAGGCCGCCCAGCACCUACUCGGUGCCCUAUCCAUGCACCGCGUCGUCGAGCAAGAGGGUCGUGAACGUGCCCGUGAGAUCAUCGGUGGCGGCGGUGCGCCCGACGGCCUGGACGACGAGCGUCUGGAGCGGAUGCUGCACAUCAGCCAGAACCAGAGCACGAACCUGUAUGAUACGCUUCGCCGCGUGUUUAGCCAGAUGGGACGGCGUGAUCUGGCGGACCAGGUUGUCGCGGGCAUGGAUGUGAAUAUUUUCCGCAAGGAAUUUGAGUUUUAG